UGACUGACGAAGACAUGGCAGCCGCCUCGUGUGCCACAUGAGUGUGUCUGUUUCUUGAGGUUUCUGUGGAUAUUUGGACAAAUUCAACGUUGACGUUCCGGAACAUCUGUGUGGGGACUGAAGAGUCAGUGACGCCACUAUGAAGCCAAAGAAGCCCCUGCCCACAGGCAGACGCCUGAGCUCCCACAAACGAGGGAUACUCAUCAAAGGCAAGUGGAAGGCCGUGCAGCUGGACCCAAGCCUGUUCGCCAAUGAGGACAUGGGGGGCCUAGUUUGCUUUGAGGAGCUGACCGACUACUCGCUGGUCAAUUCAGACCGAGCCCUCAUCUCAGCAGAGGAGAAGCCCGAGAAAAUGGCCAAGAAGAAGAAUAAGAAGCGAAAGGCGAGUGAACUGGACGCUGAGGAAGAGGAGGUGGAGAUAUUGGUGGAUGAGGAAGGAGAGCUGGAGGAUGAGGAGGAGGCAGCAGCGUCUUUGGGGGAGGAUGAAGAUGCUGAGCAGGAAGACGUAGGGCCGGAAGGAGAUGAUGCAGAAGUGACAGAGAAACCGGCCAAGAAGAAGAGAAAGAAGCAAAAGAAGAAGAAGAAGAAGAAGGAGACUGCAAACGAAGCGGACACUACAGCCACUGAGACAGGGCAAGAGAUGUCUGCUGACCAGACCACGGAGGACGGACAGGAGACCACCAACAAAAGCCAGGAUGACAAAACAGAAGAUUCUGUCCAGUCCAAAAAAAAAGACAAGAAAAAGAAAGAGAAGAAGAAGAAGCCAGACGUCACCAAACAGACUGAAGCCUCCCAGGAGGAGCCAGUGUCCCCACCGCAAGGCUCUCAGCUCAAGAACAAGAAAGAGAAGAAGAAGAAGAAGAAGAAGCCAGACGUCGCCAAACAGACUCCAGCCUCCCAAGAGGCGCCUGCGUCCGCCCCGCCAGGCCCUCAGCCCAUGAAGAAGAAGGAGAAGAAGAACUGGACCAGCGCCGCGCUGGGUGGUGCCUCGGGGGCGGCCGACGUGUCGGCGUGGAAGGACCUGUUUGUGCCCGAGCCCGUGCUGCAGGCGCUGAGCAAGCUGGGCUACUCGGCCCCCACGCCCAUCCAGGCCCUGGCACUGCCCCCCGCCAUCCGGGACCACAUGGACAUCCUGGGCGCCGCCGAGACAGGCAGCGGAAAGACUCUUUCCUUUGGAAUUCCUGUGAUCCACAAUAUCUUGGAGUGGAAACGUGUCUCUGAGAAUUGGAAGAUGAGUAGACUGUCAGACACCACGCCACAGGAAGAGGGCGCUGUUUCUCCUCCAGCCAGUGAUGCCGCUGAUGCUGCUGACACUAUUACCACUACUGCAGAAGAAGAGACGUCUGAGAGCACCACCAAACAAGAUGAACCUGUGGAGGGCGUUUUGGAGACUCCAUCUGUGGUAGUGACUGAAGCAGAUGAACCAGUAGGGGCCGCUGUCGAGACGCCAUCUGUGGUAGUGACUGAAGCAGAUGAACCAGUAGGGGCCGCUGUCGAGACGCCAUCUGUGGUAGUGACUGAAGCAGAUGAACCAGUAGGGGCCGCUGUCGAGACGCCAUCUGUGGUAGUGACUGAAGCAGAUGCCGAGAACGAAGAUGAUGCCGUAGAGGGAGAGGAAGAUGAUGAGGAGAAAGAUGAUGGGGAGGAAGAUGAUGUGUCGCAGGAUGGUGAGGGGGAGGAGGAAGAGGAUGAUGGGCUGGAAGGUCAUGAAGAUGAAUGGCAUGAUUUGGAUGAUGAUGAAGACGAUGGUGGUGAUGGUGGUGGGGGGAAUGACGUUGACCAAGUCCAAAUCAUGACAUCUCAGACUGGCUUGAAGAAACCUGAUGAGGCCAGUGACAAGCAGCCACUGUUGGCUCUCGUUCUCACCCCAACCAGAGAGCUGGCUGUGCAGGUGAAACACCACAUAGAUGCCGUCGCUCAGUUCACAGGCAUAAAGACAGCGAUCAUCGUUGGCGGGAUGGCUCCCCAGAAACAGAACAGGGUGCUUAGUCGGAAGCCGGAAAUCGUCAUAGCAACUCCUGGCCGUCUCUGGGACCUGAUCAGAGAGGGACAUUCCCACCUUACGAACCUCCGACAUCUCCGGUCACUGGUCAUUGAUGAGGCUGACCGAAUGGUGGAGCGUGGCCACUUCGCCGAGCUGGAUAACCUUCUAGAAAUGCUCAGCACGUCCCAGUUCAACCCCAAGCGGCAGACGUUCGUCUUCUCGGCCACUCUGACCAUGGUGCACAGCCUGCCCAUGCGGGUCCAGCAGAAGAAAGGUCGCAAGGUCCAGCCCACCAGCAAGCUGGACCUCCUCAUGCAGAAGGUCGGCAUCAAGGACAAGCCCAAGGUCAUCGACCUGACGCGUAAGGAGGCGACGGUGGAGACGCUCACGGAGACGCGCCUCCACUGUGAGAAGGAGGAGAAGGACUUGUAUCUCUACUACUUCCUGUCGCAGUACCCGGGCCGCACCAUGGUGUUCGCCAACAGCAUCGACUGUAUCAAGCGGCUCAACUCGCUGCUGGUCAUCCUGGAUCAGACGCCACUGCCACUGCACGCCAACAUGCACCAGAAGCAGCGACUCAAAAACCUGGAGAGGUUCGCCGAGAGAGACAACUGUGUCCUCCUCACAACGGACGUUGCUGCUAGAGGACUUGACAUUCCGAACGUCCAACAUGUUCUUCACUACCAGGUUCCGCGCACGUCAGAGACGUAUGUCCACCGCAGUGGUCGGACGGCCCGUGCCACUAAGCAGGGUCUGAGCUUGCUGCUGAUUGGUCCAGACGACCUGAUGAACUAUAAAAAGAUCUACCGGACCCUGGGGAAAGACGAGGACCUCCCCAUCUUCCCUGUGCAGACCAGAUGCAUGGCUGCCAUCAAGGAGCGUGUGAAACUAGCUUGGCAGAUCGAGAAGAUUGAGUAUCACAGUGGCAAACAGAAACAGCACAACUCCUGGUUCAAACAGGCCGCAGAGGCCAUGGAGAUGGACCUGGACGACGACCUGCUCCUGGCUGCGGGUCGUGAUAAGGAGGAAGACCUGCAGAAGCAGAAGAUGGUGAAGGGCAUGAAGAAGCACCUGAAGCACAUGUUGUCCCAGCCGGUGUUCAGGAACGACAUGAAGACCAGGUACCCCACGCAGAUGGGCCGGCUGCAGCUGCCCGAGCUACCCCUGGCCAGCCUGGAGACGGCCAUCACCAGCGUUGCCAAGAACAAGGACAAGAAGAGCCAGUGGAGGAGGAAGAAGAAAUAGUUGGAGCUUUUCUUUUGUUUGGCAGGCGUGCUGAUGCAACACAGAGGCACAUAGACACACACACACACACACACACACACACACACACUCUCUCUCACUAACACACACACAAGCACACACACACACACACACACACACUCUCUCACGAACACACACUCACACACUCUCUCUCUCUCUCUCUCUGUGAAUGUGGGAGAUGGCUCUGACCAACGUGGUCAAAAACAAGCACAAGAAGAGGCAGUGGAUGAACAGUAAGCAGAAGAAAAAAAAUUGAGAUUUUUUUUUUUUGGACAGGGGUGCUGAUGCAACACACACACACACACACACACACACACACACACACACACACACACACUGUGAAUGUGUGAGACAGCUUUGACCAGCGUUGCCAACACAAGGACAAUUAAGAAUCAGAAGACAAAUUAAUGAAAGCUUUUGGUGGACGGGCACCGACCCAUGCAUAAAAGCUUAAGGCUUAUCACCAUCAAUCAAUUCCGAAAAGACUGUUUUUUAUUUAAA